AAUAAUUUGGAGAGUACGGGAUAUUAACAAAUGGUAUUGGGACUUCUUGUAUGGUUUCUCAAUAAACUAAUUUUGCGUUAUAAUUUGUUCUAUAAUUACUGAAUUUGAGAUAUUAUGCUAUUUGAAAGCAGUGAAUUUAAUAAUCUGAAAAUAUUGCACAAGGCUUAAUUUUUUACAUGAAUUUUUUAAUUUCAUAUUACGCGCAUUUUUAGAAUGGUAUCAGUAGUGUCAUUUAACAGCGAACGAUGGAACCACUGAAAUAAAAAAUUUCGAUCGAUAUAGCAGUAUGCGACAUUCAAAUGAUAAAAAGUUUAUUUUAACCUAAUCCAGUAGAAGUAUGAUGUGUAAAAUAAAACAAUAUAAUGCGAUAAUGUGAUAAGAAAAGAAUGCUUUAAGAAACUAUGGCACUUUCAUCAAAAGAUAAAGUACAAGAUUUUUAUUUAUGUAAUAUCAUAAUUCCACUGAUUGUAUUUAUGUUAGUUUUAUUUAUUUUAAUCGUAUUUGAUAGUAUUGUUUGGGCACUCAUUAUAUGUUGCCUGUACUUAACGAAUGUCUUUUAUGGACUGGUUAUAUUGCAGUAUAUCAACUUAGCACUAGUUAAUUUAAAUGCCAUAAGUGAUACAUUUAAUCCAACAUUUGAAGUUAAAGAUCCAUGUAGCGUUUGUAGUAAUAACAGUUGUAAAAGACACAAACAGUUACCACAUUCAGCUAAAGUAAAGAUACCAAAGGAUUGUGAUCAUGCUUUGGAACAGCUUCUUGAAGAUUUACUUCAGAAAUAUGUUUGUGCAUGGUAUUCAGACUUUUCUGCAGAUGAAGCAUUCAUACAACAGCUACGUUUGGCUACAGCUACAGCAACCAAAAACAUAGCAGUUCGAUUACUUCGCACAGAUAUAGUUAAUGUUAUUCUGUGUCGAUUGGUACCACUGAUUUUGCAACAUGCCCAAGACUGGAAGAAUUUAAAAGCCAAAAUGGAAGAUACUUCUGACACAUCUAAUUUUGGGGAUUGCCUAAUUAAUUAUUUUGGUCGUGAAAUACAUCCAGCUAGUUAUACACGUAAAGCUGAAUUAAAUUAUCUUAGAGGAAUAGUCACUGCACUUAUACCACAUUUACUACCUGCUAUACAUGUGUCUACUAACAACAAGGUCAUACUCCGUGAAAUCUUAGCAAAUUGGAUCCUUCUACCAGCAGUGGAUGCAAUUGCUGAUCCAGAGAAUAUAAAUGCACUAGUAAUGUUGUCAACUCAUCGAGAUGGUACUGUUACUAAUAAUGUAGAUGCAGUUAGUGUACCAAUGUUACAAUAUUGGGUGACUGUUCCACCAAUGCCAAAAGUUAUACAAAAUCAUUUAAAACCUUCAUUGGAUGAGGUUUUGAACAAUCCACAAUUGUUGUACAUGUUCAUGCAGCAUAUCAAAGAAACUGGCCCUAUGAAUCUGUUUCAAUUCUGUUUAGAUAUUGAUGAUCUCAGCAAGCGUAUGUUAAAUCCCGAGAUGAGUCUCAAUGCCGAAAAUAAUUUAUACACUGAUAUCCAAAAUAUGUAUUUAAUGUACCUAGACCCAGAUGGUCCAGAGUACUUACAUUUACCUGAAGAUAUAUCUAUGGGUAUACGACGAAUUCUUGAAAGAAGCUCGAAGAGAAUUCAAGAGUUAAGAACGUCACGACCAUUCUAUCAAGCACACCAAGAAGCUCAUGCACUAUUGGAAUCCACUUGCCUGCCAUCUUUUCAUCACAGUUAUCAGCUUUAUGAUUUGUUAUGUGGACAACCGGCUCCUAAUCGUGUUAAACAAUCUCGAGUGAGUGUUUCUGUUCGUAGCGUUAGUAGUGGAUCUCAUAGUAGUUCCUCAAAACUCGGGAAUCAUUUUCCUAAGAUGGAUGGAGUUUUACGCACAUCGGCGGUAGACGGGAUGACAUUCCAAGAUAUUUAUCAAGGCGAAGAAAUCGAUUAUUCUUCUCGUUCGUAUAAUGAAAUCAAAGGUGCCGAUGAUACUCAGCACAGAGACCUGACAACAUGGCGAGUGAGUAUUCCUCACAUCGAAACCGGAGAUAAUCAAGCUUUAUACGUGAUUACCGUACACAACGUAGCCGAAGGAAAAUCAUGGACAGUCUUGCGUCGAGACCAAGACUUCUACAUUUUACGAACCCGAUUAGCGGAAUUCCAUGGCGAUAAAGAAUUAAGCGACUCACCAUUGCCUUCACGGAAAAACCCCCUUUCCUCUUACACCGUGAACAGACAAAGAUACGAAGACUUCCUGGAGAAGUUACUUUCAAAGCCAGUAUUGAGAAGCAGUGAACUUCUGUAUAACUUUUUGACAGUGCCAAAUUUGAAGCCUUACUUCACAAACUAUAGCACACCAGAUAUUGGAAUAUUAUAUCACAGUAUGGCGAACAAAUUGAGGAAAGAAAAAGGUCAAAAUUUGGACAAAUUUAUGACAGUCUUUUUGGCGUCCACUAAUAGUAAAAAUGAGUAUACAGAUAUUGGGGUUGAACCUUUGGGUGAAGCUGGUAUGAACGAAAUCAGAAAGAUAAAGGGACGUGAUCUUCUGUUAGGAGUAUUUGGAGAUAAUCUUAAUUUGUAUUUGAAUGAUCGGAAUCUCCCUUCUCCAUCCUUGGAACGUUCUCAUGUGAAGGGUGCAUCAUUUUGUACCGCAGAUGCAGUUGAUCGAUUAUUGAAUGUACCACCAAUUAUUUCACGAACCUUCUGGAUGUUUGCCUCAUCGUCACGUGCAAAGAUGGAUCCAUACAUUAACGUUUUACUAUAUAAUACUUUGGCCAAACUCCUAAGUGGAGGACGCGCAGCCACCGUUGUAAAGCUUCUACAUGCAAAAGUGAUGGAAGAUAAAGAUAGCACAAAAGACACGAGUUCUCGAGGAAAUCGUCGAAAUUACUACGAAAGUGCAAAGAAGGGCUUAUACGGUUUGUUACCCUGCUGGUUGAUUGGGUUUUAUAAACCUUGGACUGAGUUAAUGGAUUCUAUUUUAGAUUCGUUACAAAAUGCAGCUCUCAAUAAGCAUCUUGCGUAUGUACUUCUAGACCACAUUUUGAUAAACCUAUUUCCGGAACUUACGGUUUAAUUUGUAUAUAGAUGUUAUUUAUGUUUGUACAGUUGAAAAUGUGAUAUAAGUAUAAAAGUUAAAGCUAU